AUGGCUUUGGCUCAUACUAGAUGGUUGAUCGGCGAUGGACGGAGUAUUGAUGUGACUGAGGACUCAUGGGUGGAUGCGCUCCCAUUGAGAUUAUGGCCGACGAUGUUUAGUGGAUCGGGGGCAGAGGGACUCCGGGUUUCUGACCUUCUCAGGCCGGGGGCGGCAGAGUGGGAUGGUGACAGACUUGACCAGCUGUUUGGAGAGCAUUUGGCAGAGCGGGUUCGGGCACUUCCCAUUCCGGUGUCUGCAGGUCCGGAUGUCAGGGUCUGGAGCACUACUUGCAGAGCGAGUGUCGGGGUUGGUGAUGUUUCUCGAGUUAUUCAGCGGGAGUCUGUGCCAGGCCUAGAUUGUGGCUGGGUGUGGAGGUUUGGGCUACACCAGAGGGCUGCUCUUUUCCUCUGGAAGGUGGCUUGGGAGUGUUUGCCGACGUGUUCAGUGCUGAGCAGACGAGGAGUGGGCCUCUCUCCUCUAUGUCCGGAUUGUGGGGAGGACGAGUCGGUGGAUCAUGUCCUAUUCCAGUGCGAUCGGGCGCGGGAUGCUUGGAGGCUGACUGGGAUUCCGGAGGAUGCGUGGAGUCGGAGGGACUGUUUUUUGGAGAGGGUCCAGCGAUGGGCGAGCACCCCUCUGAGGCGCAGGAUGGCUAUUCAGGCAGCUUGUACAGCUUAUCAGAUAUGGCUGGCCAGGAAUGCCCGUGUUUUUGGCGAGGGUAGGCCUUCACCGCGUUUUGUGAUGGAGCGGGCCAGUGCUCAGGCAGCAGAGAUUAUACAUGUAGACUUAGCCCAUAGACCUUUGAUAGCUCGAGACACCUGGGGCCCCCAUUCUGCUUCGGCAGCUUCACAUAGGGUAUUUUUUACCUGGGAGCCUCCACCCCCGAGUUUCCUCAAGGUCAAUUUUGAUGGCUCAGUCUUGGAUGGAGGUAGGAGAGGAGGGGCUGGUUUUGUUAUCAGGGGACCGAGCUCUGGUGUGGUGGUGGCAGGGGGCUGUCAGAUUUUUGACACUUCGGUUCCUGGGGCAGAGCUGCGGGCAGCCUGGAUGGGUAUGUGCUAUGUGCGGCGUGUGCUUCAGGCGACUUCUGUCCUGUUAGAGGGAGAUUCUGCUACUGUGAUCAGCUGGGUCCGAAAAGGCUCGUGCAGCUAUGGGGGAGUUCACCCUCUGAUCCAUGACAUUUGGGAUAUGGCGAGGGAGGUUAGUUUCCAGGCCAUGCAUGUAUAUCGCGAGGCCAAUGGGGCAGCCGACUGGGUGGCGGCAUAUGUUGCGAGCCACUCAGGAAGCACCCUAUGGUCAGGCGAGUUUGAGGUUUCCCAUGUGCCCUUCCUUGUUGAGUUUUCUGAAUUAAUGGAUGAGACUUCAUCCAAAUAUUCUUAA